GUGUUCGACGCACAAGAGGCUGUCACCGUCAUAAAAACGUCAGGAGCGUCACCAGGGAGUCACGAAGAAAGACUUAUCGAAAGAUGCGAUGUGGCAGCAUCGCCAUCUGAUCCUCGCCCACCCAAGAAACGCUAUGGUAGUUCAGACGCGGGUAGCGUAGACGUGCCUCCUGCCGAAUCCCCUAGUGGUGCACAACUACCUCGAGCUGCUCCUCCGCCGUCUGCAUUCUGUGACGCGCGUCAGGUACCGACAGGUGAGCAGUUCUCCAAAUUUCUGUACAACUGGCAUAUGGCCGUGGAUAUGAUCAACACGACAAUGCCGACUGUGAUGAGAGGUGGCGAGCGCUUUUUAGCGGUUCAUAUGGUUCAGCUGAAAUUGCUCAGUAAAUUUCCUCCUGCAAUACCGGCAGAGAUUAUCUCACGAUUCACAAUGGUCUCACACAAGAUGAGUACCGUUGAAGCGUGGCAAUUCAACGCCAUCAAUGCCAUCAAAAGGAAAUUCGAUCUCGGAUGUCAGCUAUUCACUACUCAAGAUGAAGUAGUCCGACUCAACGAUGUACAGAUGUUCUAUUGGAAUGUCAAAGCAUUGAAUCUCAGUCGGAUUAUCAGCUUAGAAUUUCAGCAGUACGAUGCUCGAACUGCAAACACAAUGCGUGUACGAAAAGAAUUACGGGCGAUUGCCGAACAACAUCCAGCACCGCAGAUACCGCAAGACUGCCGCACAUCAACCAGUCGGACAAUCGGCCGAAGUGAUAAAUAUUGA